UCGUCGACCUAUUAAUACAAGAAAACCACCCUUGGACACGGUGGUCUAAAAACAGGAAGAUAACACAGAAGCCGAAGAUGGUAUCGACCACGAAAUCCAGCUUCCAUCAAUGUUGGAAAUCCAUGAGAAUGUCUGGCAUCGCUCACAGGAUCUUUUCUUGAGACCUAUCGCCGCAUCGAAGGACGGGAGAGGGUUGAUCAAUCGGACGAUCGGACAACGUGACGCUUUUGUGAAUUUGGAUUUUUCUCUUUGUAACUCGAGAACGUUCUUUUAGAGGGAUCUAUCGACUUCGACGGACGUGGAGUCGAAGGACUUAGAAGUUUGACAUUGUUUUUAGGCAGGACAAGUUCGUUGUUUCAUGAUUUCUACGUAAAGUGACUGAAUUUGGUUGGUUCUUUUUCCCGGAGAGUGAUAUUGAAUGAAAAGGGGAAUCGUCGAGGAGGGAUAAUCGAAGAAAGAGAAAGAAAAAAAGAUUGUCAGGAAGUGUUGCUUGUGAAAAAGUGGUGGGGAGGAGUUGAGAAAUCGACAGCUCGAGGGCACGAGGAACCAUGUUGGAAUUCUACCCUCCGCUUCCUGGUAGCUUAAACCGGCAGAGUGAGUCGGGCCCACCAACUAUGGGCUCCGCUGCACCGCCGAUUCCCUUUCGACCUACCAACGACAAUAACAACGCAGAGCCGUCAGUUUCAGUGAAAACGGAGUCCGGUUUGCUGGAGACGAUCUGCGCUGGUUGCGGCCGUACGAUAGUCGACAAGUACGUGAUGCAGGUCGCUGGGAGGAACUACCACGAGGAAUGUCUUUCGUGUGCCGCGUGUGCGACACCGCUUACGCAUUCAUGUUUCAUUCGUGAGCUAAAACUCUACUGUCGAAACGACUACGAGCGGAUCUUCGGUGUGAAGUGUGCGCGUUGCAUGGAGAAGAUCAGCUGCUCGGAUUUCGUAUUAAGGGCGCCGGGUUUGGUGUUUCACGUGGAGUGUUUCGCGUGUUGCAUGUGCGGCCAACCAUUACUUCCUGGCACCCAGUAUUUCCUCCGUCAGGGACAACCGAUCUGUCGAAGGGACUACGAGCACGAGUUGUACCUGAACAGUCCUCAAGACGAUGAUUUACUGGACGAAAAUCGGCCCCGCGAUGGUCGUCGGGGUCCCAAACGACCGCGGACGAUCCUCACGUCGGCGCAGAGGCGCCAGUUCAAAGCGGCGUUCGAGGUGUCACCGAAACCCUGUCGAAAGGUUCGAGAGGCUCUAGCAAAAGAGACGGGCCUCAGCGUGCGCGUGGUUCAAGUCUGGUUCCAGAACCAGCGGGCGAAGAUGAAGAAGUUGCAGAGGAAAGCGAAAACCGAGCCUGGAUCCGAUAAGGAGCCGAAGGAGGAACGUCGAACGGAGAGUCCUCAUAGCGAUCACAGUCAUUACUUGAACGCCAUGAACAUGCGCGACGGGGAAUCUUCUAGCUUCCCCUCAAGCACCCAACCGCUCAACCCCAAUAACCCGUACUCGCCUGACGACGCUUAUCCAGGCCACUCGGGCGAGAGUUUCUGCAGCAGCGAUCUGUCGUUGGAUGGUACGGAGGCUGGCUUCGACAUAGCCGAGAACGAGGGUGGCGGCGGCCAGGAGGGUGGCCAUCAAGCUGGCAGCCACUCCCACCACGGGCCAACGUCCCACGAGGCGCCCCCGUUGUCCCAGAGUUUACACGCGACGAUUCACAAUCCCAUAGACAAACUUUUUAUGAUGCAAAGUAGUUACUUUAGUGGUGACCACGCGUAAUCCGCGAAAACAAAAAAGGAAAAGCGGAGAAGACGAGGAAAAAAGAUGGAAAGGAAGAAAAAAUGAAACGAUGUUCUGCUCUUUUUAUCGCGACUGGUUCUCCCCUGCCUCGUCGACAUAGCUGAUCCCUGCGCGAUGUGUCCUUCUUGUUUUCUGGUUCGCUAAUCGAAGUAAACGGAGAACGCCGUACAGUAUCUGUUUCUGACAUUAUUAUUUUCUUCCUUUCGUUUACUUACUUUUUAUUUACAAUUGCUUUUUUUAAUUAUUUGUUGAACGCAUUAUUUUAUUUAUUUAUUUAUUUAAAUAUCAUCGUAAGUUUAGCUUUAUUGGCAUAUUUUAUAUAGUCAUUUUUGGUGGAUAGUAUAAUUCAACUUACGGUUAUUUAUUUAACUGUGAGUAGAAAUUUUUAUUCAUUGGAAUUUCUCAAUUCUUGUCUAGUCCUUAUUUUUCUACCUUUCUACCUUUAGGAUUGAGAAGAUUUUUCGAUUUUUAAUAGUUGGACUUUUUAAUCGUUUCUCUAUUUCUGUCUUCGGUAGGGUUUGUUAUUUUUACUUCUGUUCCUCGUUCUAUUUGUUAAAUUUCGGUUAAAUUUGUUAAUUUUCUUUUUUUCUCGACAAAUUGGAAGAAAAUACUGUACGGCAGAUUUUCCUUUAUCAUCGCUGCACGAUUAUCGUUCUCAGUGCUACCAUUUAAUUAAGAUGAUUCUCGUGGUGAGGACAUUGAAGCGUAAGGUAUAUCGCAAUUCGAUUUAAUAUUAAACGAUGAUGAUGUACCCCUCGGUUUCCGGCGAAAUUAUACAAAUUGAAAUUAUGUAAAUCUAAACAUCGACGUACGUUCGUUCCUCAUUUCUGCCUCGGCAGAUUGUUGUUAACAAACGUGAUUCGUCGAUUCCGAAUUGAGAUUUUUCUAUGUCGGCGUUUUUUUGCAAUGUGUCAAAGUAAUUCCGUUGACCCUCUCUGAAUAAAAUGAAACCAAAAGAAAACAUUCAGGCACUUAUUAAAUUAAAUCUUGAACUAUCCAAUGUUUGGAUAUUUUAAUGGAUUAAUGUUCGAGGAAUAUUAAGCAAUUAGUUGAAAUAUUCGAGAAAUUCAUAAUGAAAUUUAAGAAAAAAUUUUAACGAAUGAAUUAAUUAGUAGGAAUUAAGAUGAUAAUAAGAUUAAGUAAUGAAACUAGUCGUUAAUUGUGGAAAGAUUUCAGUACACGUAAUGAUCAAUUUCUGAAACAAAUUUUGCAAAUUAUUUGGCUGCAUUCUAUUUUAAAGAAGAAGGAAUAUAAUAAGAAAGUAAUAAAAUAUUUCUCGAUUUUUACAAAGUAGGAAGAAAAUGACAC